GGAAGGACAGAAGAGGAGGACGUUCCAGAGGAAUUAGUGAAAACCAGCUUGAUUAAAAGAAAUUCAGGGAAAUGACAAUAUCAUGGAUUACGUCGACCGCUUCCUAAAGGCUGCAGAGGAGGCACUUUUUACUGAGCAGGUGGUUUUUGGGGAGGCGGAACUCGCGGUCCUGUUUAACGGUGGCCUCAGGGACCCUCUGUCGCGGGCAUAGAUGAGGAUCCUGAGACCACUGGACUUCGAGUGCACGGUGAGAUAUGACAUGAACCGCCCGGAGUCCAGGGUCUCAGCCCAGCCCCGCUACCCAUCUUCCCUGCCCGCGAUCCCGGAGGGUCGCGUCAUGGAGAUCGGGGUCAUCGGCAUGGCCGCACCGUCCGCCUCUCCACCGGCAGCUCCUCCUCCGCCCAUCAGCAUCCGUGGCCGGCGCAGAUGAAGGGAGUCGUGGGACUCCCCGUCCGACUCCUCCGGUACGGAGCUAACCGGGCUCCCCAUCGCUUCUUUCCAGCCGGCCACAUGUCCUGUGGGCCGGGCCAAGAAAAAGAAGCCAAGGAGGGGGAUACUGAACCCUGCCCAGCCGCCAGUAAGCGCCGCCCAGUCGGUGUCCCAGCCGGUGCAGCCGGGAUCCAGUCCGGUGCAGCCGGCAUCCAGUGCGGAGCAGCCGGCGCCAAGUCCGAUGCAGCCGGGAUCCAGUCCUGCCCAGCCGGUAUCCAGUCCGGCAUCCAGUCCUACCAAGCCGGUGAUCCAGCCGGUGUCCAGUCCGGUGCAGCCAGCGUCCAGUCCGGUGCAACAGCCGGUGUCCAGUCCGGUGCAACAGCCGGCGUCCAGUCCGGUGCAACAGCCGGCGUCCCAGCCGGUGCAGCAGCCGGCCUUCCAGCCAGCCUACCAGCCGGUGUCAAGCCCUGUCCAGCCGGCCUUCCAGCCGGUGUCAAGCCCUGUCCAGCCGGCCUUCCAGCCGGCGUCAAGCCCUGUCCAGCCGGCCUUCCAGCUAGCGUCAAGCGGCUGGAAGGAUCAGCAAGUCGGCGGUCCCCCCCAGGACUUCCCCCACAAGCCCUCGAGCGCAGCCGGGGACUAAAACUAUUGCCCCCACGAACUUUGCUGUUCCCUCCCCUCCCUUGUUUGUUGUUUUUGUUGUCCCAACCCAGUUGUGAUUAUUGCCUGUUUCCCCCUUGUUUUGUUUGCCAUGUUAGUUUGGGUCUUGUCCUUGUCGCAAUCUGUCAUGUCCUGUUAGUCAACCCCUUGGUGAACACCUGGAGGUGUUCAUUAAGGGGGGGGGGGGGCUCUGU